CACACACACACACUCACACACACCACCACAUAAAAAGUAAUUGAAAACUUAAUUGCAAAUUCAAAAAAACAAAAGAAAAGUAUUUUCGGACAAACAGACAACCGGAUACCGACUAUUAUUAUUAUAUUGAACGCUUAGGAAGAAUCACUUUUAGCCUUAUAUACAAAACAAAAAACGGAAAACAGAAAACAAACAAAAUCCAAGCAACAAACAAAGUAUACGUUUAAGGGGGAGAAAUAGAUGCCUAAGGUUCAAGAUUCAAGAUAUUUAAUAAUUCAAGAAACAAGAAACAUUGUCAAUAUGGCCGAUUCAAGGGAUAACGUUUCGGGACCAGGCACUAGCCCGGCAAACGGUACCGCCAGUCCGAGCGUCUAUCAAGGCCGGCCUCCUUCUGGGAGUUCUUCUGCUGCUGACAUAGUCCCCAAGGUUGAGAUCAGACAAGAUCUGAAGCCAUUGCCUCGCAUCAAACUAGCUCUAGUGAACGACGGAGCCAGCGAGCCCCCGACGAGAAGCGAAGGAGGAAGCCAGCGAGGAGGAGGAGCAGGGGAACGUGGCUCUCCACGGAUCUACGAUAUUGGAUUGGGAUUCGAACACGUGUCUUUAAACGGAGCACAGGAAAAAGAAGUCCAUCCGGGCGUCCUCUACGAAUGCUUGAGCCCAACGACCGGCACUAUAACCUACAGUAAGCGAGAUCCCGACGACCAGAACGGAGAGAAGGAGUCCACCAAGGCGGCUAAGUCGCUAGAAUAUCUGACGAUACCACAGCUGCUAGACCUUUGCGUGAAGAAGCAGGCCGAAGGGCACGGAUCAGAGAUCUUGCGGGUGCUCGACCUGCGCACCAAGGAGACGAAGCAGAGGGACGCAGAGCGAGCCCUACGCCAUAAGGAGCACUUGCGGGAGCUAGCGCGCUGCCAGCAGCGGCAAAGGCAGAAGGCGCGAGCCCAAGAGCAGCAGUGGCUCGGUAAGGAGAGGCUCAGGAAGAGACAGCAGGACGAGGACAAGGCCGCGAAACAAUUGGCGACGCUGAGGAAGGACAUUGAGCACCAGAUCAAGGUGCAGAAGGACUCGGAGGCGAAAAAGACCAACUGGAGAAAGACGAGCGGCGGCAGAGACUCGACGUGA